GGCAGCAACAACAACAUACUGAAGAGAUCCAGUCAGUCUCGCCCCUCCGCUCUCAGCAGCAUCAUCGUCGUCCCCGCCGGGUCCGGUGGCAGAGAGGAUGGUCCAGCGGAAAAGCAGUCGAAGGGUGCGAAUGACAGUGAUAAGAUAAUGGCCCUCGGUUUUCGCAUGUUUCCAAAUGUGCGACUAGUGACCAAGUGAAACCACCGUGGCAGGAAAACACUGAACCAUGUUGCUGUAGGUUGUGACCUGUGGUGAACGGGGGAGGAGGAAGAGGAGGAGGAGGGAGGCGUAGGCAGACGGGCAGACGGGCAUCUGCCACAGCUCCCUUAAGGCGGCCUUUUGCAAGCUUGAAGCCAUGGGCAACACAGCCACCAAGUUCCGCAAGGCCCUGGUGAGCGGCGACGAGGCCCUGGCCUGGCAGCUGUAUGAGGGUAACCCUCAGUUCAGGGACGGCCUGGACCCAAACGCAUCAUACGGAGAGCAGUACCAGCACAACACAGCCCUGCACUACGUCUGUCGCCAUGCCAUGACCCGUCUGCUCAGGUCUUUCCUGUUCAGCAAAGAGGGGAACCCCAACAAGCGUAAUGUGCACAAUGAGACGUGCCUCCAUGUGCUGUGCCAAGGCCCGCAGAUCCUACUGCUGCCAGAGGGAGCGCUGUCACCACGACUUGCCCGACCACAGAGGGACGAGCAGCGCCGUGCGGACUGCCUACAGAUGAUCCUAAGCUGGACUGGGGCCAGGCUGGAGGGAGGCCAGUACGAGAAGGCCAACGUUAACGCCACCGACAACCACCACAGCACCUGUCUGCACUAUGCUGCUGCUGCAGGCAUGAAGAGCUGUGUGGAGCUGCUAAUCCAGAGUGAGGCGGACCUUUUUGUGGAGGAUGAGGACAAGCUGACGCCAUGUGACCAUGCUGAGCGGCAUCACCACACAGAGCUGGCCCUCAGCCUGGAGUCACAGAUGGUUUUUUCCUCCUCUUCAGCUCAGCAGUCAAACACAGACGCACAUGGUGAAACCAACCUGCUGCAAUACAAGGAGCCUUACGAGGGACUGAAGCUUCAGGACCUGCGCAGGCUGAAGGACAUGCUGAUUGUGGAGACGGCAGACAUGCUGCAAGCCCCCCUUUUCACUGCUGAGGCCCUGCUCCGAGCACAUGACUGGGACAGAGAAAAGCUUCUGGAGGCCUGGAUGUCAGAUGCUGAGGGCUGCUGUCAGCGCUCAGGCGUGGCCAUGCCCACCCCACCACCCAGUGGCUACAAUGCCUGGGACACGUUACCCUCACCCCGCACCCCUAGGACCCCACGCUCACCCCUCACGCUCACCCUCACCUCUCCCACUGAUAGCUGCCUCACACCUGGAGAGGAGGGCCUGGCUACGUGUGGAAUCUGUCUCUGCUCUAUCUCAGUCUUUGAGGACCCAGUGGACAUGUCCUGUGGCCAUGAGUUCUGCAGAGCCUGUUGGGAGGGGUUCCUCAACGUAAAGAUUCAGGAGGGUGAUGCACACAAUAUCUUCUGCCCAGCGUAUGAGUGUUAUCAGUUGGUGCCAGUGCAUGUGAUAGAGAGUGUGGUUUCCAGAGAGAUGGACCAGCGGUACCUACAGUUUGACAUCAAGGCAUUUGUGGAGAACAAUCCCGCCAUCCGCUGGUGUCCUGCAGCCCGUUGUGAGCGAGCGGUGAGGCUCACUCGACCAGGCCCCGGGGACAGUGACCCACACAGCUUCCCACUUCUGCCCUCACCAGCUGUUGAUUGUGGCAAGGGUCACCUCUUCUGCUGGGAGUGCCUUGGUGAGGCCCAUGAGCCAUGUGACUGUCAGAUGUGGAGGAACUGGCUCCAGAAAGUCACAGAGAUGAAGCCUGAGGAGUUGGCAGGUGUGAGCGAGGCCUAUGAGGAUGCUGCUAACUGCCUGUGGCUGUUGACCAACUCCAAACCAUGUGCCAACUGCAAGUCACCCAUUCAGAAGAAUGAGGGCUGCAACCAUAUGCAGUGUGCCAAGUGUAAGUAUGAUUUCUGUUGGAUCUGUCUGGAGGAGUGGAAGAAGCACAGCUCAUCAACAGGAGGGUACUAUCGCUGUACUCGCUAUGAGGUCAUCCAACAGCUAGAGGAGCAGUCCAAGGAGAUGACUGUCGAGGCAGAAAAGAAGCACAAAAGUUUUCAGGAGCUGGAUCGGUUCAUGCACUACUACACUCGCUUCAAGAACCAUGAACACAGUUAUAAGUUGGAGCAGAAGCUGCUGAAAACAGCUAAAGAGAAGAUGGAGCAGCUGAGCAGAGCCUUCAUUAGCCGUGAAGGCACUCCUCCAGACACACGGUUCAUUGAGGACGGUGUGUGUGAGCUGCUGAAGACGCGGCGCGUGCUGAAGUGCUCUUACCCAUACGGCUUCUUCCUGCAGCAAGGCAGCACCCAGAAAGAGAUAUUUGAGCUCAUGCAGACCGACCUGGAGAUGGUAGUGGAGGAUCUGGCACAGAAGGUGAACCGGCCGUACCUGAGGACGCCGUGCCACAAGAUAAUCAGUGCAGCCCGGCUGGUCCAACAGAAGAGGCAGGAGUUCCUGGCAUCAGUGGCCCGUGGCGUGGCUCCCAACGACUCUCCUGAGCUUCCCCGAAGGAACUACCCUGGAGGAUCAUGGGACUGGGAGUAUCUUGGCUUUGCCUCUCCAGAGAUGGGGAAUCGUCACACUGUACUGGGAGCAGAUCAAAGAGAGAGGCAGUCACAGGAUUAUGCUGACAUUCAGUACCGUCGUAGACACAGGCCACGGCGCAGAGGAGACAUGCUGAGUCUGCACAACCUCAGAAGCAGCAGCAACACACCAGAGACCAGCAGGAGGAGUGACAACACAGAAGUUCCAGAGAGGAGCGAGGGCCGUAGGAGAGUGCUGGGCUCGCUGGAUGAGGAUGACCCGAACAUCCUCCUGGCCAUCCAGCUUUCACUCCAGGAUUCCCGCAGAGAGCGAGGCCUGGAGGGAGGGAUGGAGAGAGGGAUGGAGGGGAGAGCGGAGCUGGAGCGUGGACUGGACAGAGGACAGGAGAGGAGGCCGGGUCCCACAGGAGACCUGGGUGAUGUUGCUUUGCACUCCCUCAACACAGACGGUCCUCCAGGAGCCAGAGGCUCAUGUUUCCCCGCUUCUCUCCUGGAUCCUCCUCGCCCCCCUAACAGGACAGACUCCACCUCCCAGCCUCCCACAUCUAACCCUCUCCCCCUUCCUCCCCCACCUCCCUCUCUCAGUGCAGAGCUGCUGGAGCUGGGAGACAGCCUUAUGAAACUGGGGAACAUAACCACUCCUUAUGACCUGGACACACACACCCAGGAGCAGCUCUGCUCACACCACACAUACAACCACAGUACUCUCACUGCUCCCUACACCAUUGAACCUGCUUACAGCGACUGCAGCCAUAGACAGGAACAGAGUGCACUGACAGCUCCAUAUGUGCUCGACCAUAUCACCAUCACAGAUCCUCGCUAUGACGGCAAAGAGCAGAGUUACUGCCACGCCACUGCUUAUUUGGCUGAGGCUGAACACACUGCCUCCUGUACGGCAGAACGCACCCAAAAUCCCACCUCAAACCCCGCCCAUCCUAGUUCAUAUAACCGGGAGCACGCAGCCACGUAUGACAGCACCCCAAAACCAGACAGCUCUUACAACCCUUGCCCAGAACACAGUAGCUCUUACACUCAGGAGCGUCCUCCUGCCUACGCUCUUGAACGCCCACCCAAAACAGAGCCCCAGCCCCCUGCCCAGUUGUGCCUCCCGUCUCCAGAGCUCGAGCCGGAGCUGCUGCUUUCACCAGUGAUCCCCCCAGGGGGCCCUUUCACCCCCAGCGACCCUCAGAGUCUGGAGGCCCUGGACCCCACAGCCAGUGCCCAGCUGCUGGACAACAUCAUGGCCUGGUUUAACAACAACAUCAACCCGCAGAACAACCCCCAGAGCCUGGCCCUCAUCCCUUCCCCGCCCACCACAGAAACCGACUCCUCCCCUGACACACACACUGAGACUGAGUCAGAGAGCCAAACCUCCAGGGGCGUGACCCCCGCCCCGCUCUGGCAGCCCCUGGAGGGCGAGCCAGAAGCGGACAGGGGGUCGGCGAGUCCCCGUUUAGGUGCUGCCGGCGUGGAGGGCCUGAAGACCUCGAGGCCCAGCACUCUGGAGCUGGAAAACAGAGAGGCUGGCGAGGAGGGUGUGGACGCAGGGUGUGUGGCAGACCUGUCGCUGGACGAAGCGCACACACACCCGUGCUCACACUCCCAACGUGGAAACAGUCCCGCACACACUGCCCCGGCCACAGAGAGAGACUUAGACCUGGUUCUUCAGCUAGAGGUGGAUCAAUCACCUGAGGAGUGGGAGGAGCAAGUACACCUGGUGUGACGGAGCAGAGAGAGAAAGUUGAGCCAAGUACAGGAAGAGAGAGUGAUGAAAGUGAAAGAGGAAAGAAAAUCAAAGACAGGAAAACUAGAGUGAAACUCUGAUGGAGAAAUAUAAGAUAUAACGUUGAUGCCUCGAUGAAAGAUGUAGGUCUUUGGGGGUUGAGUGUUGCUGUAUGUAUUAUACUGUAUCUAGAGAGGACAUAAAGCCCUGCAGACUUUGUCCAGUAAAGAUGAUGUCAUACGCAGUUUUAUUAUUUUUUUUUUUAAGUGCUUUUGUCUGCUGUAAAAACAGACAAACUUAUUCUUUGAAAACAAAUGAGUGUUUAAAACAGAGUCCAUCAAUGGAAAGCUACUGAUAUCAUAACACAUAAAAUGCUGCACGUCUUAUUUUAUUUAUUCCCUGCCUCCUGUAUUUGUCGUCUCAGUUUGUUCAGGGUGAAGUUUUGGUGCUGCUGAAAUCCAAACUUGCCUCGUACACCAACACUUUAUUAACACACCGACCCAACCAUGAGCCUGUUCAGAGCUCCGAGAGCCAAAUAUGAUGAUAACUUUAACCUUGGAGCUUGUCAGCGUACUGUACAAUCAGAGGGCCUAAUUCAGAUUUUUGGACCUUCAUGCACACUGUGCCUGCUUUGUUAAGAGAGCCAACACACUACUGAUCUUUCCUGUCAGUAGGCUGCAAAGAACCACGAUACACCUGCCUGCUCGGUAAACGUCACGCUUGUAUGAUGUGCUUAUCUGGAUUUUAUGACAGAAACAAAUCUUUUGUAAUACUCAGAUGAUCACAGAAGAUAAAUUGUCUUGUCCCUCUGCACAGAGAGGUCAGAGGUCAGUCUCAGCAGUAGGAAUUCAGUGACAUGGGUGCUUGUUUUCACGGGGGAUUGAACCCUCUAAUUUUCCUGGGCACUGCACCGUCCUGUGACUCAUUCCAUGUACUUCUUUGUCUUUAUCAAAGAUGAGCUUUCAUCCAUGACUUUCAUACAUAUUACAGUAUUUUACAGUUGCUUUGGCCCAGUUUUUGUAACGGUUUCAAUUUGCAAAACACUCAACACAAAAUGCUUAACACAUACAAUGAAAACAUCACUAUAGAAUUAGGUAAUUACGUUUAUCAGGGCAUCACAAUUUUGAAUAUGUUCAUCACUGAAUUUUAUUCAGUGUUACAUGUUAAAAUAAAAUUGUCAUUAUCAGACAAUGCUGUCAAACAGGAACUAAUUCUAGACCAUUUCGAUCUCCACAACAUUUUAUGAACUAUAAUGAACUUCACUGCAUUAGUUUACUUUUUCACUAAAAUGUAAAUAUCUCACUACUACUGUAAUCUUGGAAAGUAUAACAUUAAACCACAAUGUGUUCAGGGGAAGAAUGUAUUAAGUCAGUGUAUCUCUUCAUUAACGGUUUUGCAGAUGGAAUCUGAACCAAAGCAGUUGUGAAAUACUGUAAAUUAAAAUCCUUCUGCAACUUUUAAGUUUGCUGUUUUUAUCAUAUCUGUUCCACUACUGAUGGCUAGUGCAGUGUGCUGUUGAUAGAUGGGAGAUGAGUUGGGUUUUUACUGUAAUUUAUCCUUUUUUUUUUUUUUUUUUAAUUCCUUUAUUCCUUAUCAUAGAGAUGAAAUCUCUACCAGUUAAGACCAGAGUUGUUGGGUCUGUGUGCCUUUUGUUUCGAUUGUACUUGUUUAUUUGUCGGUAUUUAUUGGUGUCAUUACUUUUUGAACAUGCUAAACAAGUUGCUAAUGGAAGUUAAUGGAGAACACACCACUCUGGCUGUUGCCAUAAUACACUGAGGUUCUUGAUGCACAUUUGUAUUUUUUGUCCUUUCAGCCCUGUUUUAUCUUAUUUGACCUCAUCCCCAGAGAAUACACGCCCACGUUUUAGCGAUUUUACUCAAUCAGACGUUGCUUUGAGGCUGUCUGAAAGAAUUGAUUCCUCUAUUAUUCAUUUUCCACUAUAAUUAACAACCACUUUAUCUGAACGUGGCUCAAGUGUAGUCGGCCUUUAAUUUCAUUUUCAAAUGUGAUGUAGCACUCUGACUCCUGGGUUGUCGUGCAGCCUUUAUCUUUAAACUUUAUUGCCCAACCAUAAUGUUUACAACAGAAUUAAACACUGCCUUUUGUGUUGAGAUAUGAUUUGGUGCUUUGGGGACUGGAAUGGUAAUGAUGGAGUGUUUUAAUCAUACUUUGACAGCAUGCCAAACAAAUGUAAAAAAAAGAAAAAGAAAUCCCAUCGAAGAGCAAAUUCUGAUUUUGAUGAAAUUCCUCCUUUGACUUUACGAAAGCAGCCAGUUAUAAUGUGACAUGCGAUCAAACAUGCAUCACUUAUAAUUGAUAGUGUGAGUUUUGAAGCUUGUUUAAAGUGAAGUGAUGAAGUACUCCACAGAAAUGACCUUGACUUUAGAGGAAGUGAUAAAACCCUGAAAUUACACCCUUUCCUCUCCGUAUUGAACAUAAGACUGUGAAGGUGCUGGACAGGUUGUAGGUGCUGACGAAGACAUUUCAUAAAGCCUGCUGAGAUGUGAGGGCAGCUGGUGUCGCCCCACAAAGUUUCAGACUUUGUUCACUGAGGAAUGGCUUGAUCCACAGGACUGCACACACUUCUUUUGGGUUGCAUGGUGCAACAGUGGAAGCACUGAGUCUGGGGUCUUUUCAUUUGCACAAGCAUGCUGUUAAUGUGUUGCACUAAUCCAGUGCUGUCAGGCAAGGUGUGGAGGACUGGUGAGUGCCGCUUUUAUUAUUAUUUUCUCUUUUUUGUUUUCUCGAUUAACAGAAUUGGAUUUAUGGCAUCAAGGGAAUGGCCCUGUGCCAUUUUGCACUUCAUAUAUAAUGUUUAUAUUUUAACAAUCCCUCAACCAACAACUUCACAAUUCAAAAGAAUGAAAUUGCACUCUCAUAGAUUAUACUUGAUACAUUCCCAGUCGGUCCAUAAGAGAGGUUUGAUGUGUGGCCAAAACUGUAAAUGAAAGUGUCAGUGCAAAGUUUACUCUCAAUAAAAAGAACUGAAAGUG